GCAGGCAGCUAAACUUUCAGUGGCAUAGCUAAGCAUAGAUAAGUUGCUCUAAAUCUUGCUUCUUGCUGCUGUCAAGUGUACAGUUUGUUUUUAGAAUGCUCAUGCCGCCUCUGUAAAUUUUGGGAAGCUAUCAUGGUCGAGGAUUUCGGCGUAUACGACACUGCAAGGGACAAUCCACGUUUUAUUUGGGAUCUCACUCCCACUGUGCACAGCAACUCCUUAAGGAAAUGGCAUCCAAGAAAAAAAUUGGCUUCAAAUGUCGCAUAGCAGUAGUGCUGCUUCUGCUGUUGGGCAGCAUCGCCGCCCUUGUUGCUGUUGCCGUCAUACAGGACAUCUGGAGCGUUAAAGAAUACGGUUUAGAGUAUGGCAUUGUCAUUGACUCGGGUUCCUCUCGUUCCACUGUGUACCUUUACGAGUGGCCCGGGGAGAAGGAGAAUGAAACAGGAAUAGUGACUGAGACAAUUAGCUGCAGAGUGCCUGGUGCUGGCAUCUCAGAUAUGGUGGUGGACGCUCGGAAGAACAACGAAACAUGGAAAGCGUUUCAAGAUUGCAUGAAGACCAUAACCAAAAUCAUUCCAGCAGAGAAACACAAAACCACGCCCCUCUAUCUAGGAGCUACAGCCGGAAUGAGAAUGUUGCACCAGGAGGAUGAACAGAGGUCCAAUGAAAUCAUGACAAGUCUCACGAGUUACCUCAGGUCUUUGCCCUUCCACUUCCAAAAGGCCUCCAUCAUUACUGGUCAAGAAGAGGGAUUAUACGGGUGGGUCUCUGUGAACUACCUCAUGGGAAACUUCCUAGAAAAAAACCUGUGGAACGCUUACACACAACCAGAGGGGGCGAAGACAGUAGGAUCCAUGGACCUUGGUGGCGCGUCGACCCAGAUCGCCUUCACUGUCCAGGAUGAUCUCAAAGGCCCCGACUACUUGCAUGUCAAACUGUACGGAUACCCGUACAAUGUCUACACUCACAGUUUCCUCUGCUAUGGCAAAAAUGAGAUUGAGAAGAGGGUUCUGGACAAAAUCAUACAGCUCGGGAAAUCACCUGGAUACAUCUCAAACCCCUGCUACCCUGAAGGUCUCAACAUCACCAUGAAGGCCUCAAACAUUUACAACACUCCGUGCACAAACAAACCCAACAAUUACCAACCAGAUCAAGAAUUCUUCAUGGUGGGACACCCCAACUCGGACAAGUGCCAGAGCAUAGUAGAGUCCCAGUUUGAUUUCAACAAUUGCUCUUCAGCCCAGUGUUCAUUCAACAGGGUUGAACAGCCACCAGUCACCGGAGAGUUCAUGGCAUACGCUGGAUUCUAUUUCACUGCGAGGGCUCUACUGUUGAACGGGACGUCGGAUAUCGAGCAGUUCAACGCCACAAUUGCAGAAUUCUGCCAUAAAUCCUGGACAGUGCUGAGGGAAGAAAGGCCUUGGAUCUCGCCCAAGUACCUCAAGACUUACUGCUAUUCAGCUCACUAUGUCUUCACCUUGUUGACAAAAGGUUACAAGUUUGACAAUGAAACGUGGAAAAACAUUCAUUUUGAGAAAGAGAUUAAGGACACCAGCAUAGGUUGGAGUGUGGGCUACAUGUUGAGUAUGUCCAACAUGAUCCCGUCUGACGUGAAGUACAUCACCCCCAUGGCGAAUCCCGUCUUCGCCGGCCUCAUCUUUCUAUUUUCGGCGCUGACCAUUGUAACUUUUAUCAUAGUUUCCAUCAUUCUCAUUCGCACCUGCUACUGAGAGAGUAAGUGACAGAGCGGAGCAAUCUGCCACAGAAAGCCUCGAGGACUUGCAUAAUCCUGUAAGUAACUGGAGAGUGUUACAGUUCCCAACAAAUGUUUCUCCUUCAAGCCUGAGCCAUUUUUAAAAAAAAGGUCUGUUUAUUUUUAACCUCAGGGAAAGUUACAGAGUGACAGGUUCCUUUUUUACGUUCAGUUGUCAUGCGGCCCCUUUUUUUUUUUUUUUUAAGGUCUAUAAUGUUGUUUUCCAGGUGGGAGGCUGAAACAGUGGCUGCCCAUUUGUACACAUUAUGACGAAAAAGCACCCGGAUAUGUCCCUGUGCAUAUUCUUAUUGUGCAACCUCAGAAUUGUGUAACGCUGGAAUGAGAUUUUAUACAGGUAGUGUACGUGAGCCUGCAGGUGUGGUCCACUCAGGCAGAAGCAUGAUGAAACUCCUCAGCUGACAAUGAUGUUUGUCCUUUUCUGUCCAUAUAAUUGCACUGAAUGCAUGUGUUGGACUUACAGCAGCAGUUUCUCUUUUCAUUCAAAAAUUCAAAUCUAUUAAAAAGAAUUAAAUGUGGCGUUGGUGGAUAAUUAUUAUUAAUUUAUUACCAACAAUUCACACAGCCUACUAGAACACCUAAGCCUCAAAAUGUCCGUCUGGACUUUUGUUGCUUAUUUUAACCAUAAAAGGGCCAGAAAAUGUCCUGUGAGUAAGUGCUUUUGUCCAGAAUAACAUCCAUUAUCUGGCAGUUAUUCACAAUUUACUGCAUGUUAAAAUAGUGUAUUAACAAUUUAAAAUGAAGAAGAAAAGCAAGAGGUUUUAUUUAAAAAACAACAACACUGUAGUUGUACAUGAACACCAGAUGUUGUGUGUUGAAUUUGAAAUUUGAAACAGUGUGAAACAUAUUUAAAAAAAAAAUUAGUUUGAGUUUUUGUCUCAAUGUCCAAAAACGGGCCAAAAAAUUUAAACUAUUUACAGGCGUUAUUUUCCAACUCUUUCUUCUCUGGUGACAGAGACGCCGAUUUGCCGGCUUCCAGCGCAGGUGAAAUUACCGUAAUAAAGCACAUUUUUUCCGAUAGCACAGACUGUCGCGCAAUUGCGUUAAUGCAAAGUGCGCUUGCGCAAAUGUGUCGUCUACACUCGGUGUUAAGGGGCUGAUCUAUAUUUCGUAUGUAUGUCUCUGCUUUUCAUGAACUAUUUCAUGAAAAGCAAAACCUAGUGUGAUCAAAAUAAAAAUUAAAUAAAAAACAAAAACUGGGA